GCAUGAAUAUUCAGAGAGACAAAGAGAUGGAUCUCCAGACUGUUGCUCACACGACAAAUGAACAGGUCCACACUGAACCUCAGCAGUGGAGAAAAAAGCAUCUUUCUAGCCUACAAGAAGAACAUGGGGAAAGAGAAAAAGGUGCAACCAUUGAGAGUUUUGCAACAAAUUUUUCAAACAUUUAUGGAUCAGACCUGCUGCCGGCUCAGAAUUGUGAGGAACUUACAGAACAUUUCCUACAUGAAGUGGUGGAUAUUUUCCUGAGUUAUAUUAAAAAGACCUACGAUCGAAAGAGUAAAGUGUUGGAUUUCCAUCACCCUCAUCAGCUUUUGGAAGGGCUGGAAGGCUUCAGCUUGGAACUUUCUGACCACCCAGAACCUCUGGAACAAAUACUUGUGGAUUGCAGGGAUACAUUGAAGUAUGGAGUCAAGACAGGACAUCCUCGUUAUUUCAACCAGCUUUCCAGUGGACUUGACAUUAUAGGGCUCGCUGGGGAAUGGCUGACAGCAACGGCAAAUACAAACAUGUUUACUUAUGAAAUAUCUCCAGUCUUCAUUGUAAUGGAAGAAAUCCUGCUUAAGAAAAUGCAUGAAAUCAUUGGAUGGGCAGAAACUGAAGCAGAUGGUAUAUUUUCUCCUGGAGGCAGCAUUUCAAACCUCUACAGUGUUUUAGUUGCCCGCUAUAAACGCUUCCCUGAAAUUAAAACAAAGGGCAUGGCAGCCCUUCCAAACAUUGCACUGUUUGUGUCUGAACAUAGCCAUUAUUCUAUAAAGAAAGCUGCAGCAGUUCUGGGGAUCGGGACAGAUAAUGUUAUUGCUGUCAAGUGUGAUGAAAGGGGGAAGAUGAUUCCAUCGGAACUGGAGGGAAGCAUCCUCAAAGUCAAAAGUCAGGGGAAGGUACCGUUCUAUGUUAGUGCCACAGCUGGGACAACGGUGUAUGGAGCCUUUGAUCCUCUUCCCAGCAUUGCUGACAUUUGUGAGAAGUACAAUCUCUGGAUGCAUGUAGAUGCAGCAUGGGGCAGUGGUCUGUUACUCUCAAGAAGACAUUCCCACAAAUUGAAUGGCAUUGAAAGGGCUAAUUCUGUUACCUGGAAUCCUCACAAAUUGAUGGGUGUUCCACUGCAGUGCUCAGCUUUCUUAAUCCGAGAGAAGGGUCUUCUCCAGGCCUGUAACCAGCUUUGUGCUGAGUAUCUCUUCCAGCCUGACAAACAGUAUGACACCAUUUAUGACACCGGGGACAAGGCAAUCCAGUGUGGUCGGCAUGUUGAUGUCUUCAAACUAUGGCUGAUGUGGAGAGCUAAGGGCACAAGAGGAUUUGAAAUGGUUAUCAAUGAAUUUCUAGAACUCACAGAAUACCUUUAUAAGGAACUGAAGGCAAGAGAAGGCUUUGAACUUGUAUUUGAUGCUGAGCCUGAACUCACCAACGUCUGUUUCUGGUACAUCCCACCAAGUCUUCAACACUUCCCAAAUGGGCCAGAGAGAAGAAAGAGACUUCAUCAGGUUGCUCCAAAAAUAAAAGCAAGGAUGAUAGAAGAAGGCACUACAAUGGUUAGCUAUCAACCUCAUGGGGAUCAUGUGAAUUUUUUCAGAAUGGUCUUCUCUAACCCAGCAACCAAGAAAUCAGAUGUCAAUUUCCUCUUGGAAGAAAUAGAAAGGCUUGGGAAGGAUUUGUGAUGGCUGGCACUAAAUCUUGGGAAAAGGACCAAUAUUGCAUUGGUAUAGUAGAU